AUGGAAGGCUUUCAACCUCUCUUUUUUGCUCAAAAGCAUCUCCAUGACAACAAAGUACAUAUCCUCCUGGCAGCAAGUGGGAGUGUGGCAACAAUCAAGUUGCCAAAUAUUACAGAAGCCCUUGCCCGGCACGAAAAUGUAUCUAUUCGCAUCCUUGUAACAAAGUCCGCAGAGAGGUUCCUCGCGGGACAAAAUUCGGAGCAACCGCUGCUCGAUUCGCUACUGCACAUAUCUGGAGUUGAGGCCAUUUAUCGAGACGAAGAUGAAUGGAGAACCCCUUGGACCCGCGGUCAGCCAAUCUUGCACAUUGAGUUGAGGAAAUGGGCCCAUGUCCUGGUGGUUGCUCCCCUUUCAGCCAACACGAUGGCUAAAAUGACAAUGGGGAUUGCGGACAAUCUUCUUCUUUCCGUGAUUAGAGCUUGGGACACUACGGGGAAGGUGGAUAUCGGUAUCAAGGACAAGAAAUCUGUCGUGUUCGUUGCUCCAGCUAUGAAUACUGCGAUGUGGAACCAUCCAGUCACUAAAGCACAGCUCAAGAUUUUACAAGAGGAAUGGGGGUUAGGUGAAAUGAAUGAAGGAGGCUGGGUUUCCGUUCUCAACCCGACGGAAAAAUCUCUAGCUUGUGGUGAUACUGGAGAUGGGGCGAUGAUGGAUUGGAAAGAUAUAGUUACUUUAUUGGAGCGCUACAUCGGACUGAGAAGUGUAUAG